AUGGAGGAAGUGGCGAAGUUGGCACGGGCACCCGGGACUCCCAGCAGCCGGUGAUAGAUGGACGCGGCGAGGAUGAGUUCCUUCCUCGAUUACCCGCCCAUCCUCAGCGGCGGAGAGCCCGCCACUUGCUCCCCCCGCGCCUACCACCACCACCACCAUCCCCACCACCACCGGCACCACCACAACCACCCCGAGCAUGGGGCCACCGCCAGCAGCACCUUCCCGUCCUGCGCGGUCAGUGCCAACGGCUGCAACGGGGACGAGCGCUUCCUGGUGUCGCUCAGCCCCCAUGCCCACCACCAGGCGGGCCCCACCUACCAGCCUCACCCCGGCCUGGGCAUGUCCUACCCGCACCCGGGCUACGGGGCGCAGGGCUUCGGCGCCGGGGGUUACGGGCCCCACUAUCCGCUGAGCGCCGAGGCGGAGAUCAACGCGGGCUACCCCCAGUGCGCACCCGGCCUCUACUCCGGGAACGUCUCCUCCUCGCCCUCGGUGGUUCAGCACCCGGCGCAGGGCUACCUCCAGCCCCCCUACGGGGAAGAGCAGCAGGGCCUGCCCCUCGCCAGCUACGGCCACCCCUUGUCUCCCCUCCAGUCCGGCCACCAGGAACCCUGCGCCUCCCCCUCCGCUUCCGAGACCUCUCCUCCGGCCCAGACUUUCGACUGGAUGAAAGUGAAGAGGAACCCCCCCAAAACAGGGAAAGCGGGCGAGUACGGCUACGUGGGUCAGCCCAACACGGUCCGGACCAACUUCACCACCAAGCAGUUGACGGAACUGGAGAAAGAGUUCCACUUCAACAAAUACCUGACCCGGGCCCGCAGGGUGGAGAUCGCGGCCUCUUUGCAGCUCAACGAGACCCAGGUCAAGAUCUGGUUCCAGAACCGCAGGAUGAAGCAGAAGAAGCGGGAGAAAGAGGGCUUGCUGCCCAUUUCGCCUGCCACCCCGACCGGAAGUGAGGACAAAGCGGAGGAAUCGUCGGAGAAGUCCAGCCCUUCCCCGUGCACCCCCUCCCCGGCCUCCUCUACCUCAGACACUCUGGCUACCUCCCAUUGAACCCAACGGGACCCACUCCCCCAUCCCCAAGGCACAACCCCAAGCGUCGUUUUUCUAGAUUGGGUUCAGAAAGGCUUUAAAGAAAAACUAUACAUUUCCUCCCUCCAGGUAGAGUUUCAUGUCUCCACUGGCACUAAAACCAACCCCAGGCGAUCCUGAACUUCUUCACUCCCUUUGAUUUUAGAGGACUUCCUCCCCAUUAUCCUGCAAAUCGGUGCAACAUUUCUCCUCUUCUAAAAACCAAGGAAGAGAGCCAGAGUUGUGCAGUGGUUUGAGCGUUUGACGACGACUCUAGAGACCAAGGCUGGAUCAUGGACCUUGGGCGAGUCACACACUCUCAGCCCCAGAAAACCAAAGGCACAUAACAAGGACAACUGACAACUACAACAGCCAUGGAAAGUGAUGGGGUGAGGCUUAGUCGGGACUAACUGAAACCCCAUUCAUUUCAGUAGGAUUUCGUUAGGGUCGGUUUAGUACGUUGUUAUAAGUUCUGUAAUGGGUAUCCAGUGCCACAAUCCCCUUUAUUAUUGUUAUUAUUUGCCAUAACUUCCUUCCUCAGUUCUUAUUUGGUUUCAACAAUAGAUAAUGUGUGGGAGCAAUCAUAAGAAUUAUUAGAUUAUAAAGAAGUUGUCAAGGACAUGCUGUAAAAGACACAGAAGAUACCAAAAAUCUUGCAAAGUUAUAUAGAUGCACUAUUGGGAAGCGUUUACACGAGUUCGGAAGACUUUCGUCUUUUAAUUUAAUGUCUCUGUUGUUUUAUUUGUGUGUGUCUGUGUACGAGUUUGUGGGUUGUAAAUAUUUUGUCCUAAGAGAUUUAUCUUUUUACGGAUUUUUUCUAGAGAUGUUUAGAUAAAUAAGGAGCUGAAACAGGGUGGUCACAUUCUCAGAACUUGCUUCGGGUUUUAUAGCGAACAGUGAGGAUGUUGUCGCGAAUGCAAAACGUGUUCAACUCAAUCAGAUACCUCAAAAAAAAAUAUCAUGUGCUGGUAAUAUUUCUUUAAGAGAGUUAGGGAAAAAACAAACAAACACAAGCCGAAAUUGCACUAGGUUUUGUUUUAUAAUCAACCUGGCUUAUGAGUAUCUGUUUCCCCCUCAAUCCCGACUUAAUAUGAUCAUUAAGAAAAAAAGACAAACCAAGUCCCCUUCCCUUUCUUCGGCCUUAGACUUGAAGUGUUUUUAGCCAAAUUCCGGAAUGUGAUGGAUGGCCAAAUGAAUGUAUAUUUUAUGUGAUUCGUGUCUGGAACUUUGCAUGGUGCACAAAGCUUUGAUGUACUAAGUUGAGCUAAGACUGAGUUCUAUCAGUUGUCAUUUGUGAGCUAGUACUUUCUGAUGUUUUCUGUACAAUCAUUCGAGGUUCUGGGAUUCCUGUGGGAUGCGGGGUGGGAAAAGGAAAGGAUGGAAUCCAGAGCAGAAUUUUACGGGUCCUAUAAAUCUCUGUAAUAAAAAAAUACUUAUAUCUGA